AUGUGGCAUGCUUCAACCAAUUUAGAUGUUGCGUGUAUCCCACCACCCGAACCAAUUUGUAUGUUGAUACUCAACAUCAUUGCCAUGCACAUAUAUAAUAGAGGAUGCACAGUGUUGGCAAGCUGUGAUGCCACUGCAGAGUACCCAAAGAGAAAAGAUGAAGAAGUGGAGUCCUUAAGGAAGAAGUUUGCUAGAAUUCAAGCUGACAGGAAGGAGAGGGAAGAAGCUGAAGCAGUGACGGUGGCUGCACAACUCAAGAAAACGGAAGUUUCAGCCUAUCUAUUCUCAAGCAGGUUGAGUCUUAAAAUUCUUGAAGGCUUGCUGGGAGCAGGUUUGUCAACACACGAGCAGAUGGACGAAGUCAGGCAUGAGUGA